AUGAUAGUGCUCAGAGUCAGAGGUGGAGACAGUGAAAAGGUGAAUGAGGGAGGCACAGACAGUGAGAAGGUGAAUGAGGGAGGCACAGACAGUGAGAAGGUGAAUGAGGGAGGCACAGACAGUGAGAAGGUGAAUGAGGGAGGCACAGACAGUGAGAAGGUGAAUGAGGGAGGCACAGACAGUGAGAAGGUGAAUGAGGGAGGCACAGACAGUGAGAAGGUGAAUGAGGGAGGCACAGACAGUGAGAAGGUGAAUGAGGGAGGCACAGACAGUGAGAAGGUGAAUGAGGGAGGCACAGACAGUGAGAAGGUGAAUGAGGGAGGCACAGACAGUGAGAAGGUGAAUGAGGGAGGCACAGACAGUGAGAAGGUGAAUGAGGGAGGCACAGACAGUGAGAAGGUGAAUGAGGGAGGCACAGACAGUGAGAAGGUGAAUGAGGGAGGCACAGACAGUGAGAAGGUGAAUGAGGGAGGCACAGACAGGAGGAGAACAGGGCUCCACUGUCAGCUGCAUUAUCACCUAAGUGUGAACGCAGUGUCACAAAAACACAGCCACGCAGGUUCUGGCUUCACUUCCAGUCUACAGUAA